GCUUCCUCUCGGCUCCCGCAGGAGUCUGCACCGCGGCCAACAUGUCUCAGACUGAGUUUGAGAAAGCUGCUGAGGAAGUUAAGAACAUCAAGGCGAAGCCCACUGACCCAGAGAUGCUGUUCAUCUGCCACUACAAGCAGGCAACCGUGGGCGACGUGAACACAGAACGUCCCGGGAUGUUGGACCUCAAAAGCAAGGCCAAGUGGGAUGCCUGGAACGAGCUGAAAGGGACCUCCAAGGAGAGCGCCAUGAAAGCCUAGGUGGACAAGGUGGAGGAGCUGAAACAGAAGUAUGGCAUCUAAGAGGCCGCCGGGGGUGGCACCCGGCUGCACGGAUAACCAGAACCGAUAGGCCUUGCUUUGCUAACACCGCAGACAGACAGCGUGACCACACCAGGAGCCAGCCCGUCCAGCCCGUGCCCAGGGCUCUGCAGCCUGGGGCUCUUCACAGAGUCAGGGCCCAAGGGAUUCCUGCCCUUCCCAGAGUAGUUUUUAUCCGAGAGCAAUUAAAAGUUCGUUUGUUAAAAAAAAAUAAU